AGAAGAGCAUCAUUCCUCUUUGAGACAGCCAAGCAGUCGCAACCCAGUCACAGUCAUAGACAACAAAAUGUCAUCCGUCAUGCAUUACUAUCCAGUGCAUCAGCCAGCUCCAGUCGUCAAAUACAGUGAGCUAAUGUAUGGACACUCCAUGCAGCCAACUUCUGCUGUGCCCACCUAUCAACACUGCCAGCUUCCCAUGCCCCAAGCAAUUGUCAACCAUGAGGCCACCCAUCAGCAGGUAUCCUCCGAUGAGAAUCUGCCAACGACACAAUCCAGUUUGGAUCAAGGACGAGUCAAGUUGAAGCGUUCUCGCACAGCGUUCACCAGUGUCCAGUUGGUCGAACUGGAACGUGAAUUCAAUAGCCAUCGCUAUCUGUACAGAACUCGACGCAUUGAGAUAGCCCAGAGAUUGUCCCUUUGUGAACGUCAGGUGAAGAUUUGGUUCCAGAAUCGGCGCAUGAAGCACAAGAAGGACACCCUUGGACAGAGAGAGCCCAAGGCGAAUGCCAAGAUCAACCAACCCCAGGCCGAGCAGAGCGCCCAUCGUGGCAUUGUCCAGAGAUUGAUGUCCUACAGUCAGGAUCCAACAGAAAAACGCUCUCAGUCCACAGCUGUUAACCCAAUCGCAGCUCCUCUUUAUGCUAAAUCGAAGCCACAAGCAGCUAUUAACAACAACAACAACAACGACAUUCUAAACAACUCCUCCAAUAUGUGCUCAUCCUCUGAUCUGAGUGAGAUUCUGGAACAUUUGGCCCAAACAACCAAUACCUCGCUGCCAGCUAAUAAUACUAUCUCCAGUCCCACUUCAAUCAACACAUCUUCAUCCUCAUCAUCGUCAGUGUCCUCGUCGGGUCACUAUUCCUAUAAUUUGGUUUUGCAAAGCAUCAAACAGGAACUGGAGGCAUCUGCUCAGGCAUGGUCUAAAUCAAAUUCCAGCUCCAACUCGAUUCUCCACCCCCAAUCUUGGCAUCCAGUCCAGGCCAACCAAGUGGCUCCAAGUGCUGCUCUCAAUCAGCCAACGCCCUCUAUGAAUCUUGCCUGGGGUGAGCCGGUGGCUAAAUCGAGGAAGUUAAGCAUCACCCACAUAAAUCCCUGCACAGCCGGCUUCGACUAUCAAAACUAAGAAAUUUUCUAUGCAUAUAUUAUUUCUUUUUUAAUAAUAAU